AAAAAAAAAAAAAAAAAAAAAAAAAAAGCUCAUGUGAAUACAUGGUCCUUAAUCUCAUUCCCUCUCCAAAACCAAAAUUCAACAUUUAUUUCUGAAUUCUGACUAUAUUCAUAUUGGCUGGAAUUUUCGUUAUCUACCGACUGCCGUCUGCCGUAAUUAGCCGCUUAUUCUGUUAAAGUUUGGAGCGUUGUCCCUUCUUGCUUCAUCAAUUUUGUUAGAUUUGCAGCAAAUUAAGCAAAUAUGGUAAUUGGUUUAAAUGCAAAUCCAAUUGUCUAUGAAAAGAAAGAACGUCAAAGCCGCCAGCCAUCAUCCUCUGUUGGUGACGAGUAUGCUGUCGAUCAAAUUGACGAGCUUGAGAUUUUUGAUUAUAUUAGAGACAUAAAAGAUCCAGAGCAUCCUUAUUCUCUAGAAGAGCUGAAAGUGGUUACAGAAGAAUCUAUUGAAGUAGAUGCUAAACGUAGUUAUGUUAGAGUAUCAUUUACACCAACAGUUGAACAUUGUAGUAUGGCAACAUUGAUUGGUCUCUGCUUGAGGGUGAAGCUUAUUCGCAGUCUGCCUUCAUGUUAUAAGGUGGACAUUAGAAUUGCUCCGGGAACUCAUGCCACCGAAGCUGCAGAUUGGGAUUUCCUCCUCAAAAAAAGAUGGACGGGAGAAGAAGAGUUUGGAAAGAAUUGAAUGAAAACCUGCUGACUUAUACAAUUAAUCUUGAUGUCGGACUGUUGGAAGCAUCUGAUUACAGAAAUUCCGACUAUGGACGAGUUCC